UAGAGCAACACCGGUUAUCUCGUUAGAUGUGCGCAAUUAGAUAAUACAACAAAACUGAUUAACAGUGCUAUCAACUCAAAACAUUAACGUUGAAAUUCGCAUCUACAUAAUCACAUCCACACAAUUUUCACAAUAAUUUGUGAUUUGGAGAUACAUUACACACCACUAAAUAAACGCGUGGAAGUAAAUAAAAAAUCAGUUAAUAAAAAACGACACUGAUUAAAACUGAAUUCCCUGUCAUAUUAUUUGAGUGCAGUAAUUUUCAGGAAAAAAAUACAAUAAUCAACAAUUUGUUUUAUCCGGAAAGAUAUUGUUGAUAGUGUGAAGAAUGUGUGAGAAUUAGUCAUCAAUAUCCUGUAUUAAAUUGUAUUUCCGACUUUAGAUAUCUUAGAUUUUAAUCAUUUUUCGUGUGGAUUCAUGUGUUUUGGUUUAGUAUUGAAUAGAGUGGACGUUGAUUGAAAGAUUCCCGUCGGAAAAGCUGAGUAACGAACCUGAUUUGUACUAUACAACUUCCCAGAAAUCUCCACUCCAAAUAUUUCCAGCACUUUGAUAGGGAACCCAAAAAAUCAUACCCUGAGAAUUAAAUUAGUCUUGAAAUAUUAGAAAACCGAUUAAUCACAAAAAGUAGAUUAUUGAAGUAGAUCAAUUAUUGAUAACGUGAAACUUUAGAACAACAGGAUUCACCAAAGAAUAUGUAGGUAAUAAUGUAACUUAAGAGGAUCAAUUUUACGGUUGAUGUUCGGAUACAGGGAAAAAACUAACCAAAUUCUUAUCAAUUUUGAAUGCUCAAGAGGCUGUCAAGUGUAAUUCUGAGAAAAUCCCUGUGAAUAAUAGAGUUCGAUUCCAAAACCAGUGAGCCAGAGAUUUAUAUUCAACCGUGAGUUGGAGAGGAUUGUUUACUAAAUAUUUGUUUGUGAUUCUACUCUAAAUAUCAGACAUGCCCGAAAACAAAAAUAGAUUGACCGAAUUAUCUUGAACGGUUUUUACUGGAAGCUUUUAAUAUUUCUCCGUCUUCUUGACCCUAAUGAUGAUACCUUCAGUCACAUACAGCUGCACCUGAAAUAUCGAGAAUGCAUCGUAGUCAACCAAUUGGAUUGAUUUGUCUUCUUUUAACACAAGGAUGUUUGGCAUCACGACGGUUCAGGACUGAGUUCCUGCAGGACCUGCCCACACCAGGCACCGGUCCAUCCUUCGACAUCACAGUUCCCAAUAAUUUGACCGGCUUGGUUGGCAAGACUGCCUAUCUCAACUGUCGCGUCAAGAAUCUCGGCAACAGAACGGUAUCUUGGGUGAGGCACAGAGAUAUCCAUCUGUUGACUGUGGGGCGCUACACAUAUACGAGUGAUCAGCGGUUUGAGGCCGUGCAUUCUCCGCACACCGAAGACUGGACACUGAGGAUAAGGUACCCUCAGCGCAAGGACUCUGGCAUCUAUGAGUGCCAAAUCAGCACUACACCGCCUAUAGGCCACCCCGUCUAUCUUAAUGUUGUUGAGCCAAUCACUGAAAUAAUGGGAGGCAGAGACCUGUUCGUGAAUGAGGGAAGCACGAUCAACCUCACCUGCCAAGUGAGAUAUGCUCCAGAGCCUCCGCCGCUUAUGUCAUGGAGUCACAAUAAAGAAAUAAUCAAUUUCGACUCGCCCAGGGGUGGCAUCAGUCUGGUGACUGAGAAGGGUCUGGUGACCACCAGUCGGCUCCUGAUUCAGAAGGCACUGCAGGCCGACUCUGGCGUCUACACCUGCGACCCCUCCAACGCGGACUCGGCUCGUAUUCACGUGCACAUACUCAACGGUGAACAUCCAGCAGCCAUGCACCAUGGACAAGGGAGCAGCUCCUACUGUCCCAACGCAUUCCUCAUCCCCGCACUCCUGCAUCUGCUCUGGUCAAUCAUCUAGCAUCAACUGUCAUCCUAUCACGUGCAGUGUGCCUGUUGCUGUGUAUAGAUGAAACUCGACAAAACCUACAACACUGUCUUGGACAAAUCCAGCAAAAAACCAAGCAUUGUUGAACAAUAACGACAAUUUUCUAGUUAUUUUUUGAUAACAUUCCAUGUGUAAAAAGGUAACUCUUAUCCAUACAUAGGAUGUAUCUAUUAUCUGUACAUGUAUUAUAUAUAUAUACAUGUAAAUACAUGAUGUAUUUGUGUAUCUGUAAUGGAUAAGUUCUGAGCUUAGACCACUCGUCAAAAUGGAAAGGAAUUUUGAGGGUCACUGAAUUCGUAGACAACAUCACUUGCUGUGUUAAGAUCGAGGCAAAAUGCAUUGUGUGAAAAUGAAUCUUUCUUAUAUUUCGGGUAAAUGUUUUGGAUAAGGUUUAACAGACGGAAGAUCACUAGCCUCUCAAAGAUCACUAGUUUGAUCUGGAUCAUUAUGGUAAGGUCCACGUUAUAAUGGCAGUGAAAAGAAAUAGGAGAAAAACAUUGCCGAUUCACUGUCU